AUGACGGCUGUGAUUUUGCGCCUGAGAGAUAGAUUGCUGGGGUUCUUCGAUGGUGCAGAGGGUGCAGAUGCCGAAUUGGCUGCUGAUCCUCUCUUGGAUGUAGUUCACCAGUAUCCUGAGGAGGCAGCCUGGUUCAUCAAAGUUGUCAUGUUCUUCGGGAGCAUCUCUGGUGUGAUCAUUUCAAUUCCCUGCGGAGUUUUCCUUACGAUGUACUGGGCGCCCUGCGGGCAGUGUAAUCGCCCCUUGCGCUAUUGGAUCCUUGUACAUUGUAUUUUGCAGUUGCUUCAAGCGCCGGUGCGGCUAGUUUUCUUCCUACGCCUUUGCCAUGUCCAAAGCUUGAACAACAACAUCCAGGAAUGUGUCCGCCAGCUGACCCACAGCAUGGCAUGGAGAACCAGCAAGGUGGUAUCAAUUAUCACCUACGGAUGGUUCAUUCUGGGUAUCGUUUGGCUUUUGAACUCUACAUAUUGUAAGCCAUGUCCAGGAUUGUACCGUCUCUCGUUAGCGGUGAUUUUCGCUGCAGUGGCCAGACUUUUGAUGACCCUCAUUGUUUUCUACCACUCCUUUCCACCUCGUUUCCAGGGCCAAGGAUUGCCCCCGAAACCCCGGGGAGCUAAUCAAGAGCUCAUCGACUCCAUGCCUCUCAUCGUCUACUCCCAAGAGAUGCGGGGAGAGGAGACGAGUUGUGCGGUCUGCCUUAGCGACUUCGACCGGGACGCCGUCCUGCGGCGGCUUCCCUGUGGCCACAGUUUUCACCGUGGCUGCAUCGACAAAUGGUUGAAGCGGAACAAGGUCUGCCCGUUGUGCCUCCAAGACAUCGAGGUCACGGGCUCACCGCUCUCGCGACCGUCCAAGAAGGCCAUCUGA